AUGUCGGAGCGCACCCGCCGGGCACGCCUCCAGCUUCCGGAAGAACGGCCGCUACUGCAACGGAACCGUGCCAGUCACACCUCUGAGAUUCAAGUUCCUCUCUAUGGCUGCAUGACCAAUCCUCACAGUCACUUGCCAGUAUACACGAAUAUUCACCGUAUACGACGAGACAUCAUCUCCAUUGUCGAAGACUACCUGAGCUUGGAACAACUUCGUGAUGUGCGUAUCAACAUCGCCGUCGUCCGCCCGCUCGUCGACAAGCUGUAUGAGCUCGACGACAUCUCCAUAGCUCUCUGCGAGCUGGUUGCAACGCGGAUAUUGAGACGCUUCAGCGAAGACAAUGAAGGGCCUGAUGGUUUAGUGCUGCUAGCACACAUCCUGGUUGCCGGUUUUGAGCCCUUUCAAAUGGCACCUGCUGGGAUUCGUGAGGCGGCUUCAACGGAGUCCUACCGCAGUUACAACCGCAUGCUUCCUUCGCUCGAAGUUGCCAUCUUAACUGAGAGUAAAUACUUCCUCAGUGCGACUCCUUGCCAGAAAGUGUAG